AUGGCAGCCGUACAGCAGCACUCCAGCCUCGAGGUCAACGAGGCCAACGAGAAAGGCCAGCACAUCUACGCCAACGACAUUGACAGCUCUCGGAUCAGCACACCAGGAGAUGUCGAUGACCUACCCGACCCAGACGCAGGCAAAUCUGAUGCCGAACGGGCCGCGCUCGACAAAGCACUGGUCUGGAAGAUGGACAAGUGGCUGAUCCCGUGGCUGUCGCUGUUGUAUCUGCUCUCCUUCUUGGACCGGACCAACAUCGGCAAUGCUCGUGUCGCGAAGAUGGAACCGGCGAUCGGCAUGGACGGUCGCGACUACAACGACGCCUUGACCAUCUUCUUCGUCUCCUACGCCGGUUUCGAGCCGCUUACCAACAUCGCAAUCAAGAAAUGGUCUCCUCGUGUUUUUUUCACGGCCAUCAUUCUCGCUUGGGGUGUUUGCAUGACACUCAUGGGUCUUGUCCAGAAUAAGGGUGGCCUCCUCGCAUGCCGUUGGUUUCUGGGUAUUGCCGAGGCUGGUCUAUUCCCCGGUGUCAACUACUACCUUUCUUGCUGGUACAAGCGUCAGGAACUUGGUUUCCGCGCUGCUUUGUUCUUCUCGGCUGCAGCGCUUGCUGGCUCUUUUGGUGGUCUCUUGGCUGCCGCUAUCACUCAGAUGGAUGGAGCUGGUGGUUAUGAGGGCUGGCGUUGGAUCUUCAUCAUCGAGGGUUUAAUGACUGUCUUCGUCGGCAUCUUCUGUUGGUGGAUGGUCUUCGAUUUCCCCGAUACGGCCCGAUUUCUGACAGCCGAUGAGAAGCUGCGAGCUCAGCGUCGCCUCAAGGCCGAUGGACAAGCCCGCGCCAAGGUCGGGGGCAUUGACCGCCGACACGUUAUGGCCGCCCUUCGUGACUGGAAAACCUGGGGAUACGCUGUCAUCUAUAUGGGCUGCCUGUGCCCGUUGUACGUCUUCUCGCUCUUCCUCCCUACGAUUCUACUCGGUAUGGGCCACAAAGGUACCAAGGCUCAGCUCCUGUCCGUCCCUCCUUACGCUGCUGCUGCCGCCCUGACCGUGGCUGUUGGAUGGUUCGCCGACAGGACUAAGCUGCGUGGUAUCUCUAAUCUCGUGGUUUCGGCGAUUGGAUGCGUUGGUUUCGCUAUGUUACUCGCCACCACCAACCCGAAAGUCCAGUACGCUGCCACGUUCCUCGGUGCCAUGGGUAUCUACCCCACAGUCUCCAACACGCUGACUUGGGCCUCCAACAACGUCGAGGGAUCAUUGAAGCGUGGUGUUAUGGUUGGUGUCGUGGUCGGGUGGGGUAACAUGAACGGUGUCGUCUCGUCCAACAUCUACGAUCCCAAGGAGAAUCCGCACUACCGUACCGGCCACGGCAUUGUGCUCGCCUACAUGUUCUUGUUCCUCUUCGGUGGAACUCUCUUCAUGCACAUUGCGCUCAAGCGUGAGAACAAGCUAAGGAAGGCGGGCAAGCGCGACCACUGGGUACAGGGCAAGACCGAGGAGGAGAUUGAGGAUAUGGGUGAUGUGCGGCCCGACUUCUACUACACCACCUAA